AUGGCAUUCCCCUUGGCGAAGUUUGGCCAUCGAAAGUUGGAGCCGAUGCUCAUUAUCCCCUAUUCUUUUGAGGGAGGCAAUGGGCCAGCAAAUUCUCUUCUUGAGAGUUUACGGGUUCAUNGAACAUAUUAUGCUCCCGGGGUGCCCUUCCCAGCCCCACCCCCAGGGGUGAAUUUUCAGUUUUGCGAGUGCCGUUGCGUUUCCAGCCUCCGUGCUCUACUGGGCCUCGUUACGGUGGUAUUGGGGCGCAUUUUCGCACACAAGCUAACCCUUGUGGGUGUUGGGUUGUUCCGGUGUUUUGGGUUGUGCCGGCCUGGUGGCGUCGCCGCCGCCGUCUGUCACAACUUUGGCCGGCUGGUGGCGCCGGGGUGGGGUGGCAGUUUUCCGGUCGAAGCAGGCGGCCUCUACAAUAGUCGCGCCUCUGCUAUUUUGGUGUUCUACUAG